AUGUCUCUCCUCCGACCACAGGUGCGCGUAGCUCUGCGGUAUUUGCGCCUCCCUAUCCGUCCUCCUCAUCUUCGCGCUGUUCAUGUACGGCUGCCUCGUCCUUCACUACUUCACAUAGCACGUUUCGCCUCCACAACCCCAAUACCAAGACUCUGCCCAUCGUGCUCUCAACCACUUCCUACCAGCCUGCCCGCAUGUCCCUCCUGCUCGUCUAUCUCUCCGCUACCACCAAAAAUAACACAUCAUGACCUAUUUGGUCUUCCAUAUGAACCCAACCCUUUUGUAGUCGACCUUUCUACCCUCAAGAAGCGAUUCAGAGAGGCCCAAGCGGCCUGCCAUCCUGAUGCAUGGGCUUCCAAGUCCUCUAAAGAACAAGACCUCGCACACAUACUUUCUUCGCGUCUGAAUGAAGCAUACCAGUGUCUCCUCAAUCCUCUUCCUCGUGUGGAGUACAUCUUGGAGCAGAACGGCGUUCCUCUCUCCGAAACCGAACAGGUAGAAGAUCUGGCGUUCAUGGCCGAAAUAAUGGAAGCCAGAGAGAUAAUCGAUGAAGCAACCCCGGAGAACAAAGCCGUGAUAGAUGAACUCAUUCAAAUGAACGACGAAAACAUUCGAGAGACUAUUCAAACUAUAUCAUCGUUGGUGAGCGAGGAGAAAUGGCUUGACGUUAAGGCAGCUGCGAUCCGAUUACGGUAUUUGCAAGGGAUAGAUAGAGCGGCAAAGCAAUGGAUGGACACACAUACGUAG